UUUAGACAUUUCCUUCUUCCUGGUCAGCUGACUUUUGUUGACAAAGAAGACGAACCUUUUUUCGUUCAUUUUGGUUAAUUAUAUUACUUCAAAUGCCCGUAUAUGCAAAUGUUUGAAACUUUGUACUGAAAUUUGGAGGGGAUUAAGGUAUCUAUACAGCAUGCAGCAGCAGAUUUUGGAGUCAAUGGCUGCAAAUGAUGAAACACUAGGUCAGGAAGAUGUUUCACAACAUGGGUACCAAACAUUUGGUAACCGGCAACAGCCAGAAUCCAGUUACCAGCAGCAGACAGGAAGUAACAGCCAGCAGACUGGUUCCAGUUCCAAUCCAAAUGUAACUCAACAGCCAACUUCUAGAAAUACUCAAGGUAGAGGCACCGAGCCAAAGCCUGGUCUUACACGUGUAAGGUCAUUUUACACACCAUACAUGGAAGAUAAACUUUGCAGAAAACUUAAAUACUUCUUCAUGGGACCACAUGAAAAGAUCAAAGCAAAAAGAAAGUGCCCAUGGAAAUUGCUGAUUCAGAUCUUGAAAAUAGCCCUUGUCACAGCACAGUUGAUCCAGUUUGGUUACAGUCGUUCUAGCCUGGUAGACUUUGUUGAGAAGAGUACCAUAACAAUGGAACAUAUGUACUUGAUGUCGUGGGACAGUACAUAUGAGACCUUGCCUUAUCCAGCUGCUAUAGGCAAAUAUGCCUUGUAUACAACAGAAGACAUUAUAAAACAUAUCAAUUUUGCUACCUGCAAGUAUGAUCAGACUGAGAUUGAUGCUAUAGGGUCACUGAGAUUUUACAGGAAAAAUGGGACAGUUAAUCAAAUGAAAAUGUGUCUACACAAAUACAGAUCGAGUCAUAUAAAUGACACUACAAACAAAUAUAAAAUUGAUUCUACAGUAGAUACAAAUUGUUACUCUGUUGGUAAAUGGAAUGAGUCUGGCAAUGAUUGUAAUGAUUCAUAUGAUAUUGUGCAGUACAUGAAACAGAAAUACAACAUGACGUUAAACUCAACCAUCUUUGAUAGAUUAUUGUUGGCAGAGCUGAAAUUUUCAUUGAAAUCAUUCCGCUUGGAGAUGAAACAGAGAACGUUUCCUCCACAACUGUUUCGGGUUGAUGUCACGAUAAAUUUUGAUGAUAAAAACAAAGAUGGUCAGAUGCUGGUUACACUGGAUACAGAUUUUAAAGAAUUAGACCUGGAUGGAACAUCAAAUAAUGAUGAUGCACAGGACCAUGAGAAAGCGGGUUAUGUUGUAUUUGACUGUUUUGUCCUGGUGGUGACAAUUAUCUCUAUGAUGUUGUGCAGUAGAUCUGUGAUCAGGGCUCAACAGCUUAGAAGAGAGACAAAUGCAUAUUUCAAAUUACGUAGAGGGAAGUCAUUGUCGAGAUCGGAUCAGUGCGAGUUCCUCAACCUGUGGUAUGUAACCAUCAUCAUCAAUGAUCUACUCACCAUCGUGGGAACAGCCUUCAAGAUACAGCUUGAACUCAGGAACAUGAAGAGUUCAUCAAGUAACUUUGACUACUGUGGUGUGAUGUUGGGUACAGGCAGCCUGCUGGCAUGGCUUGGUGUGCUACGAUAUAUAGGAUACUUCCCACAGUUCAAUAUUUUAAUUGUUACCUUGAAAAAAGCAUUUCCAAAUAUGAUGAGGUUUUUGGUGUGUUGUAUCAUGCUGUAUAUAGGAUUUGUGAUCUGUGGAUGGGUUGUGCUGGGACCAUACCAUAUAAAGUUCCGAGACAUGAGCACCACCUCAGAGUGCUUGUUUGCUCUAAUAAAUGGUGAUGAUAUUUUCACCACUUUUUCUGCGACCGUCACUGAAAACCCUCUAGUCUGGUACUACAGUCGGAUCUAUCUCUACGUGUUCAUCUCCCUGUUUACAUACGCUGUGUUGAAUCUCUUUAUUGCUGUCAUAAUGGACACGUACGAAACCAUAAAGGAGUAUUAUGACCAUGGUUUCCCUAAGAGUGAGUUAUUUGAGUUUAUUGAUCUGUGCCAGGAUCCGGUACAUUCCCCUAUAUACCGACGGGAGGACAACAGCUGUAACCCCCUGAGAUUGUGCUGCUGCUGUGGAAAUGAUCCUGAUCGACCAAAUGAAUACACAAGUCUUGUACAGUGAUGCUCUGCUUUGUGUUGAACAAACUGUGAUAUUGCUUAUGAACUUUUCAAAAUGCGAAAAUUCUACUUAACAAAUGAGGAAGUUAAUAUAUUACAGACUUAUUAAUAACAAUGCAUUUUAUACUAUUAGAAUGUAAUACAAAGAUGAAGGUUGAAACAGCUGUAAUACUCUCUUUAAAACAGAUAUCUAAAAUUGCUGUCAAUGUGAUCAGUUUAUGAGUAAGUUAUUGGAUUUUUUCAUAUAGUAUUACAUGCAAUAUUAAGCCAUUGAACAUACAAAGUCCAAGUUACAAAAUGUUGAUUUAUAAAGUUCAUAUACAAUUUUUUUUUUGACUUGCAAAUAUUUUGUUUGUUGUUGUUGUUGAUUAAAAAUGUUGGUUAAACAGUGCUUGUAAGUCCAGGUGUCGUGUCUAAUGUUUUUACAUUGAACUAUCGGACUUUAGUUUUUGAAUUGACUUUGCUUUCCUUGUCUUCCAUUGGCUUAACAUGUUUUUUAUUGCCAAACAAAUAUAUAACUAUUCUUGUUGUACAUGUAGAUUAUCUGUGACAUUGUCUUACUGCAGAUACCACACAAUUCCAUCUGAAGUUUAAAAUCAGUAAUACAAAGUCCUUUUUGUCCAUAUGAAAUUGAAAAGAUUUGUGUAAUUUGAAGAUAUACAAAGUGAAAGUGAAGUUAAACCAAACUGCCGUUUCCAUGAGUUUUGAGUUUGAUAAGUUUUCUUGUGGAGUUAAGUGGGUAAGAAAUGUCUGCUUGCUUACACUGUGAACUUGUGAUAUUCUGUGAAAUCAUUUAAUUUUGUGAGUACAGAAUUUCAUGGUUUUGACCUAAAUAUCUGUUUCAUGGGGAUAUGAAUGUCAGGUUCAAACAAGAAACACUUGGGACUUUUACUUGUUGUUGGGAUUUUAUUCUGUGGAUUGACUCAACCAUGACAUCUACAAAAAAAGUAAUACAUGUAUAUGUAAAAACAUAUAGCAUUUAAAAUGAGCUAGUUAUUUUUUGCCUCAAUAUUAUGAUCAAAUGCUUUGACAGAAGUUUGUAGCUUUUAGAAUGACACUUUGAGGUACAUGUAUAUUGGGUUAAGAUAUUUUUUAUUGUUUUACUAGAGGCUGAGAAUUCAUCUGGCAUGUAUGUGAGAAAAUGUGCAUGUGCUAAAUCUUUUCUAGUAAAUUAAGUCGUAUUUCGGGCAACAUUACAAAACAUGGUACUGUAAAUGUAAGUUUUACAAGCAUUGCAUAUGCAUACAUUACUUACUGAAAUAUAUGUAAUAAGUAAAAUCUUAGGCAUGAAUCCAUACAAUGAUGAAAUCUCAACAGUCCUGUUUGAACUGUGGAAAAAGUGCAAUAUGAUGUGAAUAUUUUGUAUAUUAUAUUUUUAUUUAUCAAUUUGUUUCUCUUUAUUUCUUAAAUAUAUAUUAAAAAAGUUUUAAAAGUUUGCCAGUAAAUUUAAGCAAUCAAGUUGGUUGUAAUAAAUGAAGAAACAAACACAGAAUAGUGUCAAGGUUGAUACACUCAGAUUUUAAAACAAAGUGUUGUUGAAUAUUUAGAGAGAAUAGGAGAGAAUGAUCUCCAAUUUUUACUGUGGUAUUGUCUGCAUGGUUAAAUGAUCAUCUAAUCUGAAACCUUGAUCCAGUUUACAGUCUACUGUAUAAACCUUGAUCCAGUUUACAGUCUACUGUACAAACCUUGAUCCAGUUUACAGUCUACCGUACAAACCUUGAUCCAGUUUACAGUCUACUAUACAAACCUUGAUCCAGUUAACAGUCUACUGUACAAACCUUGAUCCAGUUUACAGUCUACUGUACAAACAUUGAUCCAGUUUACAGCCUACUGUACAUAUACAUAUCGAGGGCUUGGCACAAAACUAUUGUAUCUUGUUCUUUAUUUAUAUGCACUUACAACAGUUUUGCACCAAGCCCUCGAUAUAGUGUAAACAAAAGUUUGUCAAGUAGGUAAAGUAAAAGUUUAUUAUGACAGUUUAGUUUUCCUUUAUCAGGAUCAGUGAUUUAUUGUUGAUCAGUGAUUUAUAUAAAUCAUUUAUCAUGUAGUAACACACGAUAGUCUGUAGAUAAAUUUUUACAUUGUAAA